AUGUCGGAGAUAAAAGCUAAUAAAACCCAGUCUACUGCGACAGCGCGUAAAGUGACAGCUAAAAAGAAGAGGAAACAGUUUUGGAAAAAUCUUGACAUGAAAAAGCAAAAAUUUAAGAAAACAGCGCCUCCACAAAAAAGGCAAGAAAAAGAUGUAGCUCAGCCUAUUGCACCUCCAGAAGAUCCAAAGCUAUUCUCUUCCAACUGGAAAGCCUUACAAGAGGUCCUAAAGGCCACCCAGCCGGAGAAAAAGCACCCCGUAACACCAAAACAUCCAAAUGGCGGCUUCACGAAGAAGGCCAGUGAAAAUUAUUCUAAAAAUAAAUCCCAGCAAGUUUCUGCUCCCAAUCAGACGGACACUGAGAAAAAAGUGAAGCACAAAACUGGAGUGAACUUAAAGGCUCCAGCAGCCUCAGACACGCAGCAGCCUGUGGGCCCCAAAAGGAAAAAGGAGGGCCAAGAGUCAAACCACGAGCACGCGGCUAAGAAGAAGAAGUCACCUGUUGUUGAAGAGAAAAAGCUCACAGAAGAUGACCUUUGGUUUGACGAUGUGGAUCCCGACGACAUCGAGGAGACGAUGGGAGCAGAAGCAGCUGACAUCAUGAGGAGGAAGCAGGGCAUACAGAAGAACACACACACAGAAACCUCUCUGGUUAAGAAGAAUGCCUUUGAGGGUCUCACCCGAGCUGUCGCCGUCGACUGCGAGAUGGUGGGCGUCGGUCCGGGUGGAGAGGACAGCAUCGUGGCCCGCGUGUCCAUGGUGAACCAGUUUGGGAAAUGCAUCUAUGACAAGUAUGUGAAGCCCACAGAGAAGGUGACGGACUACAGGACAGCCGUCAGCGGGAUCCGACCCAAGGACAUCAAGGAUGGAGAGGACGUGCGGACAGUACAACGGGAGGUCGCCGAAAUCCUGCAAGGACGGGUGGUGGUUGGACACGCCAUACACAACGAUUUAAAGAUUUUGCUGUUGGAUCAUCCGAAAAAGCAAAUCCGGGACACUCAGAAGUAUAAACCCUUCAAGAGGAUUGUCGGGAGCGGUCGACCAUCGCUGAAAGUCCUGUGCCGAGAAAUUCUCAACGUGAAGGUCCAGCAGGGCGAACACUCAUCUGUCCAAGACGCGCAGGCCACCAUGCGGCUGUACACCCUGGUGAAAAAACAGUGGGAAGCGGAGAUUAAAGCCGGCAAGAUCAACAAAGACUCGGACAAAAAGAGCAAAAGAAAGCCCAAGUAG